AUGCGCGGUAAGUCCGAUGUGGACGAGGAGGCCUUGGGCACUUUUCGACAUCGUAUCGACGUCUGUUUCUUUUGCACAACCGCUUCCAAUUUCGUGACGCUCUGGCGCUGCUUCAUCGUCGUGGCAGAGAUGGGCACUUGCAGCAGUCUUGCAGAUGCAAAUUUCACCGUAAUCUUACUGCCAGGUAUCGUGUACCAGGGCUUGACGGAGACUGGGGGCCUCUGGUCUGUGCGUCCAAAGUACCUCUGGAUCCGCUCCGAAGUCGAGGUACAUUUCCAGGUCGUCGGCUUCGCCCUGCGCGACUCAUGCAUGUGCGAGCUUCUCCUAGACACACAGCAGCAAGGCAAGGCCAAGCCAUAA